UGAAGCAGCAGCGGCAGCAGCAGCAGGCGUAUCAUCCCCAUCCAUGCUGGCAGCCAGACCCACCAUCAACAUGGGCUUUUUCAGCUGGACUGGAUGUCUGGCAGUGUGCUUUCACUUCAUCCUAGGAACAGCUAUGAGCGCUGUACCCCAGUGCACUGAGCAAGAAUACCACUUUGAAUACACCGAAUGUGAUAGCACUGGAUCGAGAUGGAGAGUUGCUGUACCCAAUGAAGGCAAAACUUGUGUUGGACUCCCCGAUCCAGUGAAAGGAAAAGAAUGCACCUUUUCUUGUGCGUCAGGGGAGUUUUUGGACAUAAAAACCCAGCUAUGUAGUCCAUGCCCCUCUGGUAGGUACUCUCUUGGGACUGGAAUCAAGUUUGAUGAGUGGGACACGAUGCCACAUGGAUUUUCCAAUCUGGCAACAUUUAUGGAGACUGCUACUGGCUUUUCUGUAAAUAGCUGUGACAAUUCAUCAUGGAUUCCUCGGGGAAAUUACAUUGAGUCGAACAGAGAUGACUGCACGGUUUCCCUCAUCUAUGCUGUUCAUCUGAAGAAAGCCGGCUCCGUCUCCUUUGACUAUCAGUACCUUGAUAACAACAUUUUCUUUGAAUUCUUUAUCCAGAAUGACCAGUGCCAAGAGACAACGUCCUCUUCUGACAAAUGGGUUAAAUUAUCAGAGAACAGCGAUUGGAUGCAUCACUCGGUCUCUUUGAAAUCAGGUACAAAUAUCUUAUACUGGCGAACAACAGGCAUCCUUAUGGGUUCUAAAGCAGUGAAGCCAGUCCUGAUAAAAAAUAUCACAAUCGAAGGAGUUGCAUAUACUUCUGAGUGUUUUCCUUGCAAACCUGGUACCUUUAGUGAUGCACCAGGAUCCUCCGAUUGCAAGAUUUGUCCAAGGAACACUUAUUCACAGAGGGGAGCUGCAGAAUGCAUCAAAUGCAACACAGAGAAACAGUACUCAGAUGAAGGAUCCAGCAAAUGUAUAGAUCGCCCUCCUUGUACCAGCAAAGACUUAUUUCAAAUACAUACACCCUGUGACAGCGAAGGAAAGACUCAGAUUAUGUAUAAAUGGAUAGAGCCUAAGAUUUGCCGAGAAGAUGUCCCUGAGUCUAUAAAGCUUCCUGCUUCUGGGAAGAAGGAAAAUUGUCCGCCUUGUAAUCCAGGCUUUUACAGUAAUGGCACAUCAGCUUGUUCUCCGUGUGCCUUGGGGACAUAUUCUAAUGGAAUACAGGAGUGUAAGCCGUGCCCUGCGGGAACAGAACCCGUCCUAGGCUUUGAAUAUAAAUGGUGGAACAUACUACCUGCUAAUAUGAAGACUUCCUGUUUUAAUGUUGGGAACUCCAAAUGUGAUGGAAUGAAUGGUUGGGAAGUUGCUGGAGAUCACGUUCAAAGUGGAGCAGGUGGCUCAGACAAUGACUAUCUUUUACUGAAUUUGCAUAUAUCAGGAUUUAAACCUCCCAAUUCAGUGACUGGAGCAAAUGGAGCAGAAUUAGGAAGAAUAACCUUUGUUUUUGAAACUAUUUGCUCAGCAGACUGUGUGUUGUAUUUCAUGUUGGAUGUGAACAGAAAGACUACAAGCGUGGCAGAGUCAUGGGGAGGAAGCAGGGAAAAACAAUCUUAUACACACAUCAUAACUAAAAAUGCUACUUAUAUGUUCACAUGGGCCUUCCAAAGGACAAAUCAAGUCCUUGAAAGUCGCCGUUUUGUCAACGACGUGGUAAAGAUAUAUUCCAUAACAGCCACAAAUGCUGUGGACGGCGUAGCUUCCAGCUGCCGUGCUUGUGCCCUUGGCUCUCAGCAGCUCUCAACAUCGUCCUGUGUGCCUUGCCCUGCAGGUCAUUUUAUUGACAAGGAGAGUAAUAUGUGUAAAGAAUGCCCUCCCAACACCUACCUGUCUCCUCACCAAGUGUAUGGGAAAGAGGCCUGUAUUCCAUGUGGCCCAGGAAGCAGAAGUAACAAGGAUCAUUCCGCCUGCUACAGUGACUGCUUUCUGUCUCAUGUGUCUGAAAAUCAGACCCUGACUUACAAUUUCAACAAUCUGAGUAGCGUAGGAACCCUCAUCAAUGGACCAAGCUUUACAUCCAAAGGGACAAAAUACUUUCACGUUUUCAACAUCAGUUUAUGUGGAAAUCAGGGUGAAAAGAUGGCUGUCUGCACUGACAACAUUACGGAUGUCACAGCAAAAGACAUGGAAGGAGAAUCUGAAGACUAUUCCAAUUUUGUAAAAACAUUUGUAUGUCAGUCAACUAUCAUUCCGUCAGACAGUAAGGGAUUCAGAACAGCUCUGUCAUCACAGUCUGUCAGUUUGGCGGAUGAAUUUUUAGGGGCUACAGUGAACACAACACUUAUGGGGAUUUCUAUUAAACCAAAUGCAUUUCCAGCUCCACAAAAGAUACCAGAUGUGAAUUUCUUUUACAAAUCAUCCGCAGCUACUUCUUCGUGUGAAAAGGGACGGGCAACGGUAAUAUCCAUGAGAUGCAAUCCCACCAUACCAGGCCAAGGGGAGAUCUCAGUGCCCAGAGAGUGCCCAGCAGGUACUUGUGAUGGGUGCAGUUUCUUUUUCCUUUGGGAGACAGUGGAAGCGUGUCCACUCUGCACAGAAAACGAUUAUCAGAAAAUAGAAGGCGCCUGUAAGAAAGGAAAGCAGGAAACACACUAUGUAUGGAAUGAGCCUAAACUCUGUAAAGGCUCUUCGCUGCCUGAAAAAAGGGUGUCUGCCUGUGAAUCUAUUGACAUCUGGCUGAAAGUGGGAGCAGGUGUAGGAGCGUUCACUGCUGUACUGCUAGUGGCACUGACUUGUUACUUUUGGAAGAAGAAUCAGAAGCUGGAGUAUAAAUAUUCCAAGUUAAUUAUGACUGCUAAUUCGAAAGAGUGUGAACUUCCUGCCCCAGACAGCUGCGCCAUAAUGGAAGGUGAAGAUAAUGAUGACGAUGUGGUAUACUCCAAUAAACAGUCAUUACUGGGAAAGCUCAAGUCACUUGCUACAAAGCCACAUAAUGUAUACACAGAAGUUUCUCCAUGGCAGAAAGUGCCAACAGCAAAUACAAAGAUUCAGGCUUUGAUGUCCCUUCCAGUAUGGCAGGAUGAGUAGAGGUUUACAUUUUUCUCAAAUGAGGAAAAAGAACACAAUUUUGAGUCCGUUCAACUCAAAUCUUCCCGGCCACAAAAUAUAUGAAAACCAGAUAAUGCCUUUUAGACACUGAAA